ACCGCCGGUUUUCAAAAAUGGCGUCUAAAAGAAAUUUGUACAGACCUGCACAAGUGCAAGAAAAUGUUGGCCAGCAAAAGCCGAGGAAAACAUUGGCCCAAGGUCGCUUGAUUACAAAUAGCCGUCCUCCAACUGGUUUCAAUGCUGGUAGCAAUCCAUCUUCAGGUCUAAAAGGAGGACAUACUGGUGGUGUCCUUACACAGGGUCAUUUGAACACUAGCAAUGUCUCCACCGGUAGCAUUUCGGGGCUUCAUGCAUCCAACUCGUCCCUCAACAAUUCCCACCAUACCUCUCUCAUACAGGGACGGCUGGAGGGAUCACUGUUCUCACCAAGAAGAGAGGUACCAAUGGUGAGUGAAGAAAGAACUCCGAACCAUGGUGGCCCUGCAGGUAGUCUUGACCUGACAGACAGUGAGGCAGGGGAUGAGAUGUCUGAGCCGAGGUCACACUAUCCGAGGCCUUCAGAGGUUCUGUGGGUGGAUGCUUCAAGGCGGACUUUGAAUCCAGACGUGUCAGAGGUCGACAUUCGUAUUGGUGUGGACGCCUCCCCUGUAAAGAUUGUCUGUCACUCCCCCUCCCGCAUAAAUCAUACAAGACAGAAUCAUGGGAAAAGCACACCAUCUCAUGCAGAUGUGGAAAACAUGAAAAUACAGUCCCACAAAAAAUCCAUUAUAAUCAAAGAAAAAGUAGCAGGUAAAUAUGAAGAUGAUCAUAUAGACCCAUACACAGCUGUCCAGUCUGUACCCAUGUCCCCCAACUUCAGUACCAGUGACAGGAAAGUGCUCCAAUCUCUGCCCUCCAAUAUCUCCCAGCCCAACUUCAGUGACUCGGGUGGCUCUGAUGUGUUGUAUGUUGACCACCAUGAACAUGAUAAGAUGUCUGUACGAAGCGAGGAUGACUCGGUGUCGUUGAAAGACAAUAAAGAUGUGGUGGUCACCAACCAUAAGUUAAAAAUUGGGGACAGAACACCGGGUUCAGCAAAAAAAAUAAAAGGACCAGAGACAGCCAAGAAAAAGAAACCAGGCCGUGUAAUACCGUCCCGUUUUAUGCAGGCCAUGGAAACCAAAGUAAAGACAUCACUCUCAUCCAGGAUGGAAAAGACAUCAACAGAUUCCACCAAAGGAUCCAGAAGUUUGGACAUGCCCCAAUCCACCCGUAAAGUUGCUCGCAAUCCACGACCAGCAUCCUCCUCCUCUGCGUCAGCCAGUAAGAAGGAGAAAGAGACGAGGCGACCUUCCACACCAGAAAAUCAGUCCAUGGCGUCGUCCACGGGAGGUAAAACCUCCACCCCAACAAUGGACUGCUCCAAUUUUACUCAUGAAAUGGACAUUGAUGCCUCGGCUAUACACCCUGAAGCGUCAAUUCUUGCAGGUGGACACGGGGUCUCCAAUCAAGGUCGUACAAGGUCAAGAUUACAACAUGACCUUGCGGAUGACCUUUUGGGUCAGUCCAUUGUCUCCAACGUAUCAAUAUACCAUCAGUCAACUGUCUCAUCAAAGCCAAAACAGAAAAAGGAUGCAAAAAGUGCACAGAAAGCGAUAGACCUUCAAUACAUGUUUUCUCAACAGUGGGCCUUCCUAGAAGCAAAGGCCAAACAAACCUUGCAUGAGCAGGAGCAACAAGCUAUGGCUCAAAUAUACGGUGUGUACGAGGAAGUAGAAAAGUUGCGUAAAGAAAAAACAGAAAAAGAUAAAUACCUUGCCAGGCUCCAGCAUACUAAUAACACGGAUCACAUGGCUGAAGUGCAGCGUCAGUGCUUGGGCCCCGUUGUGAACAGUCUGCCCGAACUUCAGAAGCAGUACAGCAACCUGGCGUAUGCACUGGACACCACGCGACAUCAGAUACCAAUGACAGAGGUCUACGUGCCAGACAACAAAGAACAGUUUGAAGCCAAACUGGAAGCCCAUCUGCUGGAGAGCGAGCGCCUGCUGGGAGAAAUCUCGUCCAUUACUCGGCAGGACGUGCCCAACAUAGUGAGCAUGGGUACUGCCCUGUCAACCAUGGAACAGUCCGUAGAAACCAUGAAAAACGAACUGAAAAAGAGUGAGGAGUUGCUAGCGGCGGUGGAAACUUUGACGAUACAGGAGUGUUCUUUGCGGGUUCAGUCCAUCCAAACACUGGAACUAACCUGAUGUGUGCGGCAACCAAGACUACAAAAGUCCCGCAUUACCCACUGUUAUUUAUUCUUAGUGCCUUCAACAGUUGAAACUAGUGAUGUUUUUUGACUGGCCUCAAGUGUAUGUUUUCAAGUGAUAAAAUGUUGUGUAAGUGAGUUUCAGAUAAGGAAUAUACCAGAACCUUUCACGCAAAAUACCUUAAUUAUCAUUAUUUUAUUAAAAAAAAAAAUUAUAAUAAAAAUAUAAAAAUAUAAAAAUAUUUUCUCCCUUUAAUAUUCAUGCAGAUGGAAGUGAUAUGUUUGUGAUAUUGUUUUCAUGAAUAUAUUGGUCAAAUGCUGGGCUUAUCAUAGGCUGUUUACAAUUUUUAAAUAUUUUUUUACAAAUUUUAACCUUUACAGACCAUAAGCAACCAUGUUCACACAGACCCAAUAAUUAUGUGGUCUUGCUAUUUUCCUUCAUAAAAAGAGUUGUACCAAAUGCUGAAGUAUCAUUAAAAAUGAAACAUGAAGAAAUUUAAGUAAAGAAAUGAGCACAUAGAUUAUGCAAGUACAAACCUUUGAAUAUGUAAUAAAAAGCAAAUAGAUAAUAACAACUCAGGGGUUUUCAGCCUUGUUUAACAGGGGCCUGUUAAAGGCCCCUUAAUAGGCCCCUUCCCAAUUGAAAAUUUCUUCAAAAUCAUGCAGUUUUCCCCAAAAUCCUAACUUACACCAGCUUUUUCAUUUCCCAAAGCAGAAAUUUUAGCAAGAAUGCUUCCCAAAAUGAGCAAUUUCUUCCCAAAAUCCAUAGGCUAGGGCCUCUUCCCAAUGAAGCGAGGAAAACCCCUGCAACUAAGGUGCACUGGGGUAUAUAUAUAGAAAAAAAACGAGUAAGUCAUGCCACAUUUGUCUUACAAAGGGUAAAAAGAAGUAUUGAAAAUAAAACCUGUUCAAUCUACAAAAUAUACAUUGGAUAAAACAUCCAUAACUUGUAAAUGCCGAUUGCACAUUAAAAGACUAAAUGCGUUAAGUUUUUGGUAAGUUGUCUUCAAUCUUAUAUUGUGCCAGGCCAGUUCGGAAAUUAUAUGUAGUAAAGAUCAAGCUAGUUUUUUAUAAAAAAAAUGGUUAUAUGAUAAUGGUUUUCUUUCUAAAUUGUGUCUUUACUAAAUGUUAAGUCUGUGAUGUAGAUUUAUAGUUUUGUGUAUAAAAUAUUUACAAAAGAAGUUUAGUAUUUUCAUUAUCAUUUUAGAAGUAGGAAUGAAUUUAACUUAUUUAAAUUAAUAUAAAACUUAACAUUGCUGGAGCAAUAAUUACUAAAUAAGUAGUAAUUGUUGCACAAAUUGUUAUGGUAUGAAUUUAUAAAAACUAAAUGUAUAAACAAACUGUUGUGAUGCAUAACUGUGUCCAUUUGCAAGAUAAAGUAAGUAUAAAUAUUUUAUUAAAAACUUAAAUGCUUAUCAUUAUUAUUAAGUUAAAAGUAUAUGGUUGCUUGCUGUUAAAGUAUGUUCAUGGUUUGGGAAAGUUUCAUAAGCUUACUGCAUUGAAUUUAUUGUUAUUAACCAGGUUUUCCGAAGGAAAAAACUGGUUAUUAGAUUGGCGAAUGCGGGCGGGCUGGCUGGCUGGCGGGCUGGCGGAAUAAGCUUGUCCGGGCCAUAACUAUGUCGUUCAUUGUCAGAUUUUAAAAUCAUUUGGCACAUUUGUUCACCAUCAUUGGAGGGUGUGUCGCGCGAAAUAAUUACGUCGAUAUCUCCAAGGUCAAGGUCACACUUUGAGUUCAAAGGUCAAAAAUGGCCAUAAAUGAGCUUGUCCGAGCCAUAACUAUGUCGUUCAUCGUCAGAUUUUAAAAUCAUUUGGCACAUUUGUUCACCAUCAUUGGACGGUGUGUCGCGCGAAAUAAUUACGUCGAUAUCUCCAAGGUCAAGGUCACACUUUGAGUUCAAAGGUCAAAAAUGGCCAUAAAUGAGCUUGUCCUGGCCAUAACUAUGUCAUUCAUUGUGAGAUUUUAAAAUCAUUUGGCACAUUUGUUCACCAUCAUGGGACGGUGUGUCCCACGAAAGAUUCACGUCAAUAUCUCCAAUGUCAAGGUCGCCACGACUAAAAAUAGAUUUAAAAAAAAAAAAAAACUUACAAAGGGGGUUAAUUUUUUUUGGUCAUUUCAAAAGUUCAGUUUGAGUUUUCUCCCUUUAUCAGAUUUUUUUUUCACAAUGAAAGCCUGGUUUUGUGACAAUUUUGUCCCUUGUUUUGGUAUUAAAACAAGGCCAUUUUGUUAGAUCUGAUACAUUUUAUUUAAACCUUGAAGCAUGUAUUUGAUAUGUUGUUCUUAAAAAAAAGAGAGAUUAAUUCUGUUGUUCUUGUUAUGUUGUUUGUAACAUUGAGCAAACUUUUGUAUAUGCAUUUGUUUUUACGCCUCAACAGAGUGGGGCAUUGAGGAUUGCACUUUUCUGUCCAGUUAUCCACUCCAAUGCUUGUGUGUUGAAAUUUUUUUUACUACUUUUUGGAUCUUGCUCAAAUUUCAUGGUUAAAUUACCUUAAUUUACACAUUUUGGCUGUCACGUGUUUGGCUAAGUAAUAGCCUUAUGUUUGUAGUUCCACUAUAGAAAAAAUAGUCCCAAAAUUGUGAAGUCCACUUAAACUGCUGGGUUGAUAUCGCUAAUCAUUUCACAGUUGAAUGAACUUAAUGUGUAGAUAGUUAAAAACACGGGAAUAAUGUCUGGUGAGUGUUGACGCAUUAUGGCCAUUUGUUUCUGUUCUGUCUUCCAUAGAAUAUAUAGUCCCACAAGUUUAUUGUUAAACUUCUUUUAAGCAACAAUAUGAAUCUUGAUCAAACUUUCACAGUUGAAUGAAGUUAAUGUGUUUCAUAGUAAAGAAAGAAAUUUUGACUCUACCAGUUUACGCUACAUUUUAGCCAGUUUGUCUUUUGUCCACUGUUAAAUAUAAAGUGGAUUUGUUAAUAUCCUAAACAUAUUUUGUGGGGGCAUCAGUAUCUCGGACGUAUUUCUAGUUAAUCAAGAAUUUCAAUAGUAAAUCCGUCUCGUUUUUAUGCCCCCGGAUCGAAAGAUCAGGGGUAUAUUGUUUUUGGCCUGUCUGUCUGUCAUUCUGUCCCAAAACUUUCAGGUUACAGUAAAGUUUUGCAAUAACUUUUGAAAUGUUGAACAUAGCAACUUGAUACUUGGCAUGCAUGUGUAUCUCAUGGAGCUGCACAUUUUGAUUGGUGAAAGGUCAAGGUCAUCCUUCAAGGUCAAAGGUCAAAAAUUAAAAACUUUAAUAUAUUAAAGUUUUGCAAUAACUUUUGAAAUAUUGAACGUAGCAACUUGAUAUUUGGCAUGCAUGUGUAUCUCAUGGAGCUGCACAUUUUGAGUGGUGAAAGGUCACGGUCAAGGUCAUCCUUCAAGGUCAAAGAUCGAAAAUUUAAAACUUUAAUAUAGUAAAGUAUUGCAAUAACUUUUGAAAUAUUGAACAUAGCAACUUGAUAUUUGGCAUGCAUGUGUAUCUCAUGGAGCUGCACACUUUGAGUGGUGAAAGGUCAAGGUUAUCCUUCAAGGUCAAAGGUUUAAAAAAAAGCGGUGCAUUAAGGGGCAUUGUGUUUCUGACAAACACAUCUCUUGUUAGUUAAUACAACAUGAAGUAUAUACAAGAAUUUUGUUAAAGUCCAGUUAUUUGAAUAAUUUACCUUGGAUAUUGUGUGAUGUAAAGAACUUAUUUACUCUAAAUUAUCUUGUCAAAGUGUUACAAUCUUUUCAUUUCAAAAUGCUUGUUUGUUUUUACAAAACAUACUCUACCAGUAUUUUAAAUAUGCACAUGAUUAAUUUUCAGCCAAUGCAGUUAUAUGAUAAACAAACCUUGUCAUGAUCAGUUGAUUUGUACAUACUUGUUAAAUUUGUGUAUAUUGAAUAAAGAAAUAUAGACGUA